ACGAAUGAGUGUUGACGGUUGAUUUAAUAUAUCAAACUUUCCGUAUAUAUAAGCUGAAAAAUGUACAUUGGAAAUAUAUUAUUCAACUGAGUUGAUUACUGCAAUUAACAAUCACUUUAGACGCAAUGAAAGCUACAAGAAUUGCUUUAUACCUGCUAGUACUGUACCAGGUGCUAAUCUUCGCGGUUGCCGAUCCACCCGAAGUAGAUCCAGCCGAAGUUGAUACACCCAAAGUUGAUACACCCAAAGUUGAUACACCCAACGUUGAUACACCCAACGUUGAUACACCCAAAGUUGAUACACCCAACGUUGAUACACCCAACGUUGAUACACCCAAAGUUGAUACACCCAACGUUGAUACACCCAAAGUUGAUGCACCCAAAGUUGAUACACCCAAAGUUGAUACACCCAAAGUUGAUACACCCAAAGUUGAUACACCAGAAGUAAAACCACCAAAAUUACCUAAGGUACCAAAAGUACCAGAACCACCAAAGUUACCUAAGGUACCAAAAGUCCCAGAACCACCCAAACUGCCUGUUUAAUUCACAAUUGCUAAAAGAUCUGUGUUUUUGAAAUUGUACAGUCAGACAUUUCUCUUCGUGAUUUUCUUUUGACAAAUAUUAGAUUGUACCAUUUUUUAAUUAAAUAAAACGUACGCCA